AUGCUCUGCCAACACAGAUUCCCUUUGCCUGGUUCUCCGUCAACGUGCACUCUGGAUACUGCUAUCGUGCCCCUUCCCUCUUUCCUUUUCAUCGUAGUGCUAGCGCUGCAUUUCAACUUUCGAAAAGCCAAAACUGCAAAUGAACCACGACUGAGACUGAAGAAAUGGAUCCACAUUGCAUAUCUUGUCCUUGUUGCCGCACAGAUUGCGAUGACCCUCCUCGAGCUCAUUCGUCUUGGCCUUGAAGACCUUGGCUAUGGGCUUUUGCCUGUCAAUACAAUCGGACUUAUCUGUGCAUUUGCUGUUUUGUGGCGUGAACGCAUUCCUGGCCGAUCCAAUGAAAUUGUUCAGAUCUUCCUUGUCUAUUGGCUACUCGAGCUCAUAGUAAUGGCCGUAAAGACAGCAAGGCUUCAUGAGUUGGAGAACCUGAACCCGACAACCUCGAAGGACUCGAAAUAUCCGAGCAGUGACUGGUUUCUCGAUAACGCCGUGAUGCUUGGGCUGGACCUAGUUUUUGCUUGUUGUGAAAUAGCGACCUUGGUGCUUUCCGCUCGGAAGCGACAGGAGUCAUAUAAACUGCAGUCGUAUGUGUGA